AUGCGAUGGCUGCAGACCUGCUCAGUAACGCUGUUCUCGGGAUCACACCAACAGCAACCUACAUCUGUAGACACCCAUGCGCCAUCUGCAAUCCGCCGGGCAAAUUACUUCUCGGCAUUGGAUUUGUAUCGUCCCUUAGGUCCAGAUUACCGGGGUGGUAAAGCUCGGUCAAUUCUCGAAUGCUUAGCGUGGUCUUCUUCGUUCUUCCCCAUCGCCACGGCAACUAUAUCAAUGGUCGCCGCACUUUCGUUCGCCAUCGCCAUCUGCUUGAAUGAGCUAGCUGAGGUCAACAACAGAUGCUCUGGCGGCUCCAGAAGUAGCGCUUGCCAAAAGCCUAGCGCAGCCAUCCGAGAUACUUCCAUGGGGGCCGAGCACUACACAGUCACAGCAACCUCGGUAGCGUCAUCAAGUUGUGUUCUGGGAUUGAUUAUAAUGCCCCGGCGUGUGCGCAUUACGCGCGAUUGCCACUCCUGCGGCAGCCCCGGAGUAGCCAGAGUCAAGGCUCUGGCUGCUUUGAAGUCUGCUACCAAGACUCGACCUUCCAAGACCACGUUCGCCGCUUCCUCGACGUCAGGCGAUCAUCGGCAGGAGUCCGCGAAAUCUCCUAAGACGAAGGAACCAAUGGCCAGGGAAAGUGCCGACGACGGUGGCAAGGGGCGGGAUGAGAGUGCCGGCAUUCCUCCUUUGAGAGAUGCCAACCUCUGGCCGACACCCGAUGUUGCUCAAGGUGAGGAGAAGAAGAAGCCUCAGGAGAAAUCUGAUAAGAGCCCGGUCAUUCGCCCCCCACGACAAGCAGCUUCAGAUUAA